AAGCUAAUAUAGAGCAGUAAACAGUAUCCCCUUUACACAUAACCAAACUAAAGCUUUUCCAAAAAUGGCUUCCCUAUCUAAACAACUUCAUUUCCUUUUGAUACCUUUAAUGUCUCAAAGCCAUAUUAUACCAUUAACUGACUUUGCAAAAUUACUAGCCUUGCAUGGUGUGACUGUCUCUAUUAUCACCACACACCUCAAUGCCCAAAGGUACAAAUCUAUAGUAACUCAUGCUAUGAAAUCCAAUCUAAAAAUCCAAUUAAUUCCUCUUCAUUUCCCAAAUCAAGAAGUUGGGUUGCCUCAAGAAUGUGAAAACUUAGAUACACUAAGUUCACUAGAGUUGUUUAAUGAGUUCUUUUUGGCUAGUGAGAUGAUGCAAGAACCACUAGAGAAAUUGAUUCAAGAUUUGGAACCAAAACCAAGUUGUAUUAUUUCAACUAGUCCUCUUAUUUGGACUCAACAAGUUGCCAAUAAAUUCAAGAUACCAAGGUAUGUAUUUCAAACUGUUUCUUGUUUCACUCUCUUUUGUUCUCACAUAAUAAAUCAGGAAAAAAUACAAGAAACCCUUGUGUUGGAUUCGGAUUCAUUCUUGAUACCUAAUGUGCCACACAAGAUUGAAUUCACAAAAGGUCAAAUGUUGAUUGGCACUUCAACAAACAAAUCUCAAGAUAUGAAGAGUAUUAUUGACAAAAUUAAACAGUCCCAAGACUUGGCAAGAGGUACUUUGAUUAAUACUUUUGAGGAGUUGGAGCCUUGGUAUAUUGAUGAAUACAAGAAAAUAAUGAACAAAGUCUUUUGUAUUGGUCCAGUAUCAUUGUGUAAUAAAGAAAUGGUUGAUAGAGGAAACAAGAUCUGUAUAGAUGAACAUAGUUGUUUGAGUUGGCUUGAUUCUAUGAAGCCUAAAUCAGUCAUUUAUGCUUGUUUUGGUAGCCUUUGUCAAAUUUCAUCUUUGCAAAUGAAAGAAAUUGGAUUAGGGUUGGAGUCAUCGAAUGUGCCUUUCAUUUGGGUAAUUAGAAAGCUAAAUCUUACAUUAGAAGUUGAGAAAUGGCUAAGGGAUGAAAAUUUUGAAGAAAAGGUUAAAGGAAGAGGAAUGAUUAUUCGAGGUUGGGCCCCACAAGUUUUAAUAUUAUCGCAUUUAUCCAUUGGAGGAUUUUUAACGCAUUGUGGAUGGAAUUCGACUCUGGAAGGAAUUUUUUGUGGCGUACCAAUGAUUACUUUUCCUAUGUUCGCCGAGCAAUUUUACAAUGAGAAAUUCAUUGUAAAUGUUUUGAAGAUUGGGGUUCGAGUUGGGGUUGAAGUGAGUAUUAAUUCUUGGAAUGAAGAGAAGAAUGGAGUGUUGGUUAAUAAGGAUCAAGUGAAAAAAGCAAUAGAUCAACUAAUGGAUAAAGGAUUAGAGGGUGAAGAAAGAAGAAAAAGAACAAAGGAGUUGGCACACAUGUCGAAAAUGGUAAUAAAAGAAGAAGGAUCUUCGUUCUUGAAUACCAAAUUGCUUAUUGAAGAUGUCAUGCAACUACUUAAGAAUAAGGAAGGGGAAGCCAAUAAUGUUGCUAGGACCAUGUAAAAUUUGAAGGCCAACUCUAUCCUCCAAUUACAAGAUUGUAAAAGUUAACAGUAUUGUCUAUAAUGUCAGAAAGUUCUUUUACACUGAUAAUAUAUAAAAGUUAAAUUUUUUUCUA